AUGAGUGCGCCAUCAGACAUCUUCGACGUUGUCGUGAUAGGAGCUGGAUUCUCAGGACUUGCGGCAGCAGACAAGCUUGUGAAAGCAGGCAUGUCAGUUGCUGUCAUUGAGGCCUCAGAUAGAGUUGGUGGCAAAGUGUACGAUCGGAAGCUUCCCAACGGCUGCAUUGUUGAGACUGGCGCAGAGUUUGUCGGUCCUUAUCAAGAUCGGGUUCUAGAACUAGCGAAGGAUCUUGGGGUUGAAACUUUCAAAACCUAUUGCAAAGGCAAAUCAAUCUUCCACUCAAAAUCAAAAACAAUCGCCUACGACCCUGCAGGCGCUGGGCUUCCAGUUGACGAUGAAGCUCUGAUGCAACUUGGGACUGCAGGUCAAACUCUGGAUCAAAUGGCUCAAGAACUCGACGCACACGUGCCCUGGGAACACUCAAACGCUCCGAUCUGGGAUAUGGGCACUAUGGCAUCGUGGCUGGACAUCAAUGUUCCACACCAAGAAGCUCGAGAAAUCAUGAAUCUCAGUCUCAAGAGCUUGCUUUCGAGUGAACCAGCUGAUGUGUCUCUUCUUCAAGUACUAGUCUAUAUCCGCCGUGCUGGCAAUGAGACAACGGUCGGUACUUUCCGGCGGAUCUCUGGGGUGGCUGGUGGUGCUCAAGAGCUUCGUUUUGUUGGUGGGCCCCAGCAAAUUGCAGUCCGUCUAGCCACACGCCUGGGCGACCGCGUCAAACUCUCCUCUCCGGUUCGUUCAAUCAAACGUCAAGAUGGGAUCUACCAAGUCAGUGGCGAUCAGUUCUCCAUUCAGGGUCGACAUGUAAUCCUUGCCUUGUCCCCACCACUGGCUGCACGGAUCAACAUUCAGCCACCUCUACCCUCGCGAAGAGAUCAACUCUGCCAACAUAUGCCAAUGGGCUCAUUAGGGAAAGCUGUCGCGGUAUACAAAACACCCUUCUGGCGCGACCAUGGUCUUAGUGGUAUGGCUCUUGGUCUGAAUGGAACUGAAGUCCAGGUUACUUUCGACAGUUCUCCCGAAGAUGGCUCAUGCGGAAUCUUGCUUGGGUUCUUAGAAGCCAAUGAGAUGCGACACUUCGAUUCCAAAACUGAGGAAGAAAUACAAGCUGCCGUCGUUGAGGAUUUCGUCAAGUUUUUUGGCCCCAAGGCCAGAGAGGUAGAGAGUUGGGUCAUUCAGCGAUGGGAUAAUGAGGAGUUUGCCAGGGGAGGCCAUUUUGCCGUCUGCCCACCGAAUGUGAUGACACAAUAUGGUGUAGCUAUCACGGAGCCUGUAGGACAGAUCUAUUUUGCUGGCACAGAGGCAUCCCCGUACUGGACCGGCUAUAUGGAUGGUGCAAUCCGUGCUGGGGAGAUUGCCGCUGAGCGAAUUUCUUCAGGGGUGGAUGCCAUUGGGAUCAGAGCGCAACUUUGA